AUGCCUACACUUCUUCUUCUCCACGGCUGGCCUGAAACAUCCUACUCGUGGGUAAAUCAAAUCGAAUACUUUACCCGACAUGGCUACGGCAUCGUCGCGCCCGACAUGCUGGGGACUGGUGGAACCGACAACCCUGAUGACCUGGAAUCAUUCACCUUCAAACGAACAGCUUCCGAGAUGGUCGAAUUGCUCGAGUGCGAAGGUGUUGGUCGGGUUGUAGGCGUGGGCCAUGACAUUGGCUCCGGCCAGUUAUCGCGUAUAGAAAACUAUUAUCCUGACCGCCUGAGCGCUCUGGCCUUUCUCACCUUAGGAUACUCCCCGCCUGGAACCGACUUCACCAGCGCAACGAUAGACGCCAGCGAUGAGGCUUCACGUGCCUUAUUCGGAUAUCCUCUUCUCCAGUAUUGGCACUUCAACGCUGAGGACCGCGCUCCUGCUAUUGCCGACCAGCACCUUGAUGCUUUAUACAAUAUCGCUUACGGCACUGACGUCAACUAUGUGCGUAACAUCAGUGAGCCAGGCGCCCUGGAACAAUGGCUGCUUGCCGAUGGUCGCAUUUUCUUCUACAAUGAAUUUCUUACCGAAGUCACUCUUGAUCAGUGGCGCACUAUUAUGCUCGCCCAGGGUGGUAUGGAGGGUUCAUUCAAGUGGUAUCGUGCUAUGAUGCGUGGUUACAACACUGCUGAUGAACAAGCCCUGAUGGCUUCGACUGACCCUACGGUCACUAAGCGCUCCUUGUUCAUCGUUGGCGACAACGACCCUCUGGCAAUUCCAAAUCUCCAACUAAACCAAACUACGCCGUAUCUUCCUUACCUGACUGUUCGAACUGCUCCUACAAGGCACUUCAUGCAAGCCGAGGCUGCAAGAGAUGUAAACAGGCAUUUGCAUGACUUUCUGCGGGGUCUAGAAAAUUGA